AUGAAGUUGUUUGUCUUAAAGAACGCCACUCGAGUCGUCGUUGCUCGAAAGGCUCACGAUAUCCCAAUCAACUUUGGUCUUCUCGAAUGGUUCCGAUUCGCCGGCAAGGUCAAGCCCGCCAGUGAGAUCGAGGCUUUCGACGCUUCCAAGAAGCUCGACUGCCAAUACGAUGGCUCUUACGCCGCUACCUCGAACGACAUCAACGGCGAAGGCGAAGGAUUCAACCCAAUCGACGAUAGCGCCCUCUCCGUCGCUCCCAUGGGCAGCCACGUGCAGCACGCUCAGGUUUCGAACGAGCAGCCCGGCUACCUCCAGUCCCUCAACAAGUGGAAGUUCCGAAUGGACUGGCCCCACGGUAACCACUCUCGAGUCGGUAUGCUCUGCGACGACCAGAACAACCACUUGGACACUUCUUACGAUGCUAUGAGAGAUCGACUUUACGAUAACCAGCGACAGGAUAUGUACUUCCGAAUCGGCCGAGGUGAACAGGUCACCAUGUGCAAAGAAGUCAUGCCCUACGAAGACUGGGCUCCCAUCGCCGCCGAUCACCGAUUCCUCAACAACGUUGGCCGACAAUACCAAGCCGAAGAAGACGAGAAAUGGAUGCUCGAUACCAUCACCACAGGUCACUCCUCGACGCCAGGCGCUCAUCUCUUCGGUCUUGGCGUCACCCACAACUAUCUCCGAAACGCCGAUACUUACAAGAAGGUCAAGGCCAAGAUCAACCAGACCGUCCUCCGCUCCCAGUUCUUCUAA